AAUCAGGCGUCUCAAAUGGAGACAGAAGCCAUGGAUGUCCAACAGCAGGACGGAGGGCAGGACAGGGUCGUGACCCAGGAGAAUCCCGUCCACACAACACAACCACAGGCCACCAGCAAACCUGAAGUCACAGGUCCUGUCUCAGCUGAGACUGUUCACAACGGAAGCAACGAGUCCCUGACAGAUGGUGGCAUAACCAGUGAUGAUGCUUUACUGCUUCCGGACCAUGUACCUACAAUUUCACACAAAAUAGACAAAGUCAACGCGAAGCCCGGUCUUCCCAAUGGCUCCUCUCCUCCAGUCAUCAACGGGUCUACCAUCAUCCGUACACCGCCUGCUUCUUCAUCAGGAGGAUCGACACCUCGCGCUGCAGCACAACAGAAAUGCAACCGACAUGCAAAGUGCAAUGGACACAAACACCCUCACAGAAAACACACGCCCUCCACUUCCACGAGCCAGCAGAGCUUUAAAGGCGAUGCCUCGCAGAUACAGAGAGUAGCUGGAGAUGACUGCUGUGCUCACUGCAUACUAGCCUGUCUGUUCUGCGAGAUGCUGUCGUGUUGUUCGGCCGUGGCUCAGUGUUUGGCCUGCGGUCUGGAGUGUGACGCUCUCUGUUGUUGUGGGGAAGCAGCCACCGGGGGUCUGGCGUGCUGUGCUGAGGACACCUGCUCUGCCCUGCUGGAUUGUGGGAUACUGGAGGACUGUUGCCAGUCUUCAGACUGUCUGGAGAUCUGUUUGGAAUGCUGCUCCAUCUGUUUCCCUGCCUAAUGGGAUUCUCAACAGAAUGAUAUCAAGUGCUCAAAGGACUGUAAGUGUGGAGUAUAUAUACAGUCCUGUGAAAAAGAAAGGACAUCGUAUUGAAUUCUAUGGAUGUAUGUAUCAGGACAUAAUAAAAAAAUCAUCUGGUUGUUAGCAGGUCUUAAAAUGAGGUAAAUACAACCUCAGAUGAACAACAACACAUGACAUAUUACACUGUCAUUAUUUAUUUAAAAAAAAAAUAAUAGGUCAAAAUGGUAAAGCCAUGGGUGAUAAACUAAGUACACCCUUACUGUUUCCAUAGGAAUUAAGAGGGUAAGCCACAGUCAGGUGCUGCUAAUCAAAUGCCUUUUAUUAAUUGAUCAUCAGUAAGUGUGAAAACCUCUAUAAAAGCAGAAGUUUUGUCAGUUUUCUGGUCUGGAGCGUUCAGGUGUGUGUUAACACAAUGCCAAGUAGGAAAGACAUCAGCAAUGAUCUUAGAGAAGCAAUUGUUGCUGCCAUCAAUCUGGGAAGAGUUAUACGGCCAUUUCCAAACAAUCUGAAGUCAAUCAUUCUACAGUGAGGAAGAUUAUUCACAAGUGGAAAACAUUCAAGACAGUUGCCAAUCUUCCCAGGAGUGGACGUCCCAGCAAAUUCACCCAAAGGUCAGACCGUGCAAUGCUCAGAGAAACUGCAAAAAACCCAAGAGCUACAUCUCAGACUCUACAGGCCUCAGAUAACAUGAUAAAUGUUAAAGUUCAUGAUUGUACAAUUAGAAAAAGACUGGACAAGUAUGGCAUGUUUGGAAGGGUUGCCAGGAGAAAGCUUCUUCUCUCUAAAAAGAACAUUUUCAAAGUUGCAUCUGAACAAACCAAAAGACUUCUGAAACAAUGUCCUUUCGACAGACGAGAUCAAACUGGAGAUGUUUGGCCAUGAUGCACAGCACCAAGUUAGGCGAAAACUAAACUCAGCAUAUCAGCACAAACACCUCAUAUCAACUGUCCACCACGCUGGUGGAGAGGUGAUGAUUUUGUGCUUGUUUUGCGCCCACUGGGCAACUUGCAGUCAAUGAGUUGACCAUAAACUCCUCUGUACACCAAAGUGUUCUAGAGUCAAAUGUGAGGCAAUCUGUCUGAAAAUUGGGUCAUGCAACAGGACAAUGAUCCCAAGCACACCAGCAAAUCUACAAUAGAAUAGCUGAAAAAGAAAAGAAUCGAGAUGUUGCAAUGACCCAGUCACAGUCCAGACCUCAAACCGAUUGAAAUGCUGUGGCCAGACCUUAAGAGAGCUGUGCAUAAACAGAUGCCCACAAACCUCAAAGAAAUGAAGCAAUGUUGUAAAGAAGAGUGGGCCAAAAUUCAUCCAGAAUUAUUUGAGAGACUGAUAAAGUCAUACAGAAAAUGAUUCCUUCAACUUGUUGCUGCUAAAAGUGGAUCUACAAGCAGUUAAAUCAUAGGGUGUACUUAGUUUGUCACACAUGGCGUUUCCAUUUUGGCUUUAUUAUUGUUAAAUAAAUAAUGACAGUGUAAUAUGUCAUUUGUUGUUGUUUAUCUGAGGUUGUAUUUACCUAAUUUUAAGACCUGCUAACGACCAAAUGAUUUUAAUUAUAUUCUGAUACGUAAAAUCAUAAAAAUUCUAAAGGGUGUCCUUUCUUUUUCACAUGACUGUAUGUUAUCGUUAUCCCGCGUUUUGUAUUUAUUUAGUAUGAAGAGUGAAUUUAUUGCGUUGAUCAAAGUUGGACUGUUCUGUACGAGCCUAUUUUCUGAUUCUGACAGGCCUUAAAUCUUUUUGUAUGUUAAAAUACACACAAAAUCCAUGUUUGAAUGUGAAACGUUGCUUUGUUUACUGGAGCAUCACAACACAGCAUUGGCUCAACCAGUGGCUUUAGUUUGGGAAAACCUGUUUAAAAACAAUCAUUAUUGCCAUUCUGUUUGGUGCCACUAGAGGCACAGAAAUUGCACUCUUCUUCUUUAACAGUGUAGCAAGUCAUUUACAAGAGCAAAAUUUUACAGUAUUUUGGAAACACUUGUCACUUACACUAUCGUUCAAAAGUGUGGGGUCGGUUAGCUUGAAGCUAAAUGUUGUUGUAAUAAAUCUCUUAUGCUCACCAAGGCUGCAUUUAUUCACUUUUGAUCAAUUUGAUGUAUCCCUGCCGAAUGAAAAUAAUUUAUUGUUAAAAAAAAAAUCUUACUAACCCCAAACUUUUGAACAGUAGUCUACAUAUUUGUUACGUAUACAAAGAGGUUUAUCCAUAUAAGGUAAAUAGUAUUCCGCUGGUCAUGUGAUCACAACAUUGCAGCCACUAUGAGAGCAUACCACCUUUAUGUAGAAUAAUAUAUUUUGCACUUUUAAGAACUUCAUUUUAAAAGUUUUCCUCCAGUAAACUUAAAGAUGUGUCAUACUCUUCUACUUAAGUAAGGUUAGAAAUGUGCCUGUGGUAAAAAUACUUUUGCCACCCUUGCGAGUGUUUCAUACCACAUAUGCGACCUGCAUGAAGCAAGAAACACCAUACUGCAUUAAACAUCUUCAUCAACUGUGAUUUUAUACAACAGAAAAAAAGUAAUUUGCUUUUAAAGAAACAUUUGUUGUAAUAAUUAGUUCCUUUAACACUCUCUGUUUUGAAGUCUAACAGUUUUGAUUGACAGCUGAGAAUGAGGCGUAAGGAUCUUUGUUCUCUGUCCGUUCUCAGCACUCUUAUCUAAAGUGUGUGCGGCAGGAAGCCUGGGCGAUGCAAAAAUAACCAGUCAGGAUGACUAUAAAGCGCUCGCAUAUUCCUCUGGGCAUGUUGAAUUUCACAGGCUUUCUCCAGAUGACUCUGCCCAGUGUUUAGACAGUGGGCACCGCUCGAGAGAGAGCGCUGAUGUUGAAUCUGGCAGAGGGACAGAGAUCUGUGUGUCCAACAAAAGCUACUGAAGCUCUACUGAGAUGACCUCCAUCCCUCCCUGCAUCCCGCUGUGGGUGAACACUUUAAAAACAUGAGCUGAAACGCCUUCAUAUCUGCCCUAUAUCACUGACUUAUUGAUUAUACAAGUCAGCAAAUGUAUUAUUUGAAAAUGUGUUUUAGAACAAAUAAAAAUGUUCAACCACAA